UCGUACAGUAUCGUACGUGAUCGUAUGCGAUACCCACAUUGAUGCACAUACGCACAUGUAAGUAAUACGUCAAAGAGCGGAAAUAAAUAAACAGCUAUUAAUGCUGAUUGAUGCUGAGACUGUUUUCUCCAUAUUAUUGAGUCAGCGUGGAUUUUUAAAUGGAGAUUGUGUUUGUGCAGUUUUUAGGACCCUUUUCUGUAUUUCAAUUGUAACAGAUAAAAUGAUCGACGAUUUUGUAAGAAUAUACACGUAUCGGAUAUAAAUCAUCUUUGCAAAGUACUUUUGUAAUGAUAUGCACCGAUGAUUCAACCAUAAUGAAAUGUGUGACUGCUGCAUUCGUAAAAAAAUUCACGGGAAGCACAUAUUUCCAUUCGAUGUUACCGAUCACACGAUACAUCAAUGUGAACCAGUAUUCUAAGAUCAACAUGAUUUUGGUAAUGAAUAUUAGCAUGGGAAUAUGUAUAUGCCUGAAUUUCUUUGUACUUUAUCAGGAAUUUGUGGAACAAUCGCAAAGCAAGUUCAUCAAUCCGAAUGUAAAUGACAAUUUAUAACACGAUGGGUGGAAGUAUAUUCGAAUUUCUUCCACUUUACCAUCAACAUGGAAGUGGAAGAGAAAUUGGUCAUUGGAUAACACAUAUCAAAUUAUCUAGGAUCAUAAUGUUAACAACGGCAGUUUUAUUUAUCGUGCCGUUGUUUACUCACUAUUAUUUAUCAAAGGUAGAAUCCGAUUUACCAGAUAAAGAUAUUUAUCGUACAUUUUCCACACUGGAAGCUUUCGAAAAUUUUACCCCGUUGAAGGCUUCUCAAUUGAAGAUGAGAAUAGAGGAGAUGUUACGUAUUAAAGUUUCUGUAAAUAAUGAGCUUAGGGAUUUGAGCGCAAAAAGACAGAGGCUACAGGUGGAAGUUAGUAGUUUGACUCAAAAAAUUGAUGAACUGAAGCAAGAACUGCUCCACCAACAAACAGAUCUGGACAGGUUGAAAAUAAGCGUAGAGCAGGCCCAAGUAGCGCAGAGAGAAGCGGUGGAAAGGAACACACCGGAAUUGGCACCACCCAGACGGAUAUUGAUGGAUUCGAUUCCCGAGAUACUGCCGACUACCGUACCUCACUCAUGCAGAAUGUAUAACUGUUUCGAUCAUAGCAGAUGCGCGUUAACUAGUGGUUUUCCGAUAUACUUGUACGACCCUGAUCGAUAUUCAGUAGUAAAUCUGGGUUGGGAUGUUGACGGGUUUUUAAAGACCACUAUUAAACAAACGCUAGGAUACAAUCCGCACCUCACUGCAAACGCGACCGAAGCUUGUAUAUACAUAGUGCUAAUAGGAGAAGCUCUUUCUACGCAACCGAAAUUAGACAAGAGACAUCGCAAGCCUAUAGACGUGAAAAAGUUACACGCACUCCCUUAUUGGGGUGGAGAUGGUCGAAAUCAUAUUUUGUUAAACUUGGCGCGCCGAGACUUGUCCGCAGAAUCUGGAGACAUUUACAGCAGCACAGACACCGGAAGAGCUAUAAUAGUGCAAUCUACGUUCCAUAGAAAUCAAUUUCGCGAUGGUUUCGACCUGGUCGUUCCACCGAUCUUGGGACCUCCCGGUGGCGACGUGUGGCAAGAGUGUGCACACAUGUUGCCCGCGAGAAGAAAGUACCUACUAUCUUUUCAAGGCGAGAUGAGAUCUUCGAGGGCCACCACUGCCGUCACGCAACAAAUCGACGACGCCGAUAUCGAUAUGGAAAAGUUGUCGGUCGACGAGAAUAACUUGGAUGCUUUUAUCAUCCAACACCUUAAAGACAUGAGCACGGGAGUGACGCUCGAUAAAUUUUUCAUUCAGUUCGAAUGUAUACCGGCGUCCGAGGAGAAAAAUCUAGUAGAACUCGAUUGGUCUCUAUGUGGAACCGAUUCCUCGAGGAAAGCUAUACUCAAGGAGUCUACGUUCGCUUUGAUCUUAGCUCCUAGCAACGCUUCGUUCGUAACUACUUCGUCCAUCCAGGCUAGAUUGUAUGAGGCGCUGCGUUCAGGAUCGAUCCCGGUCUUCCUAGGCGGUGAUCAAAUUUUAUUGAGCUACAGUGAAGUGAUCAGUUGGCGUCGGGCAGCAAUCUUUUUGCCAAAGGCCAGAGUGACGGAAAUGCAUUUCCUGCUGCGCGCUGUUCCCGACAACGAUCUAUUAAGUAUGCGUAGACAGGGCAGAAUAAUAUGGGAACGUUAUUUGAGCACUGCCCAAGGUGCAGUGGACACCAUCGUAGCUGUGAUCAGAGAUCGACUCGGUAUUCCGCCCUUGCCCGCACCUCAAACUGCCAGUCCAAGCGUCUUUAACGAAAGUUUUGUGCCUUUGAAGUCCGAUAGUAUUAUCGCAGAACCGGAAGCGGAGGAAAGUUUAGGACCUUUGGAACCACCUUAUUCGUCUCCAGCCUUUAAGAGAAAUUAUACAACGAUGUUGCUCCAAGGACACGAGAUCUGGAACGAUUGGCUCGAUCCGUUCUAUUUAUAUCCGCAAUUGCCAUUCGAUACCAUGCUUCCGAGCGAUGCAAAGUUCCUCGGUUCCGAAGUGGGAUUCAGGCCAAUCGGUAAAGGUGCUGGAGGUGCUGGCAAAGAAUUCAGCGAAGCUUUGGGCGGAAAUUAUCCGAGAGAACAGUUUACAAUCGUAAUGCUAACGUACGAACGAGAACAAGUCCUUGUAAAUUCUUUGGCACGAUUGUACGGACUGCCGUAUUUGAACAAAGUCCUAGUUGUAUGGAACAGCCCGAAACCGCCUAUGGAAGACUUGAAAUGGCCUGACAUCGGUGUUCCGAUUCAUGUGAUUAAGGCACCGAGGAACAGUCUGAACAAUAGAUUCCUGCCGUUCGAUGCAAUCGAGACGGAAGCCGUUCUUUCGGUCGAUGACGACGCCCACUUACGACACGACGAAAUUAUGUUUGGAUUCCGCGUAUGGAGAGAACACCGAGAUCGCGUCGUUGGAUUUCCUGGUCGAUUUCACGCGUGGGACCAGAAUUAUCAUAACGCUUGGAACUACAAUUCGAAUUAUUCGUGCGAAUUAUCAAUGGUGCUGACCGGUGCCGCGUUCAUACAUAAACAUUAUACGUAUCUUUACACGCAUUGGCUACCCCAAGCCAUACGAGAUAAAGUCGACGAAUAUAUGAAUUGCGAGGAUAUCGCGAUGAACUUCUUGAUAUCUCAUCUCACGAGAAAACCACCCGUCAAGGUCACAUCCCGUUGGACGUUCAGAUGCCCUGGUUGUCCGGUGUCGCUCUCGGAAGACGAUACUCACUUUCAAGAAAGGCACAAAUGCAUCAAUUUCUUUGCUCAGGUUUUCGGAUACAUGCCUCUUCUAAGUACGCAAUAUCGAGCUGACUCGAUAUUGUUCAAAACAAGAAUUCCUCACGAUAAGCAAAAAUGUUUUAAAUUUAUAUGAAAACGGUUAUUUAACGGAAAAAUGUAUAUAUUUAGAAAAUAUCACUCGAUACCAUUUUUAAAUGAUUUUGAUAGCACUUUGACUGAAUUUCCUACGAGCUACACGUUAUGUAUAACUAAUAGCCGAUGCCAUUGCGUGAAACAAACGUUGUAGAAUAUUAUAUUGUCCUCACUGUUUUCUAACUUUUUUUAUCGGUACAUCUAGAUACAUACUUGCGAUGUAUGCGUCGAUCGAAAGAAAUGUACAUUCAACACAGAGAAUAUAAUGCCGCGACGGAUCGCAUUAUAUUAUGUUUAUAUCAAGAUAAUGUAAAUAAUUAUAAUCAAGUAGGAGGUAAUUAAAUGUCACGAUGCGCACUUAAUUAUUUAUCAUUUAUUCGUUAACGAUCUGUCGACCGAGCGGAAGAUGAACGAAAUACGUUCUGUCCGACAGAACAUCGAUUAAAAUAAUGCGUCCACGGUAAUUUUAAUCUAGUUAUUGCUUAGAUUUUUAUUUUCGCGAUUGGAUUUUAAUCGAUAUUUCGCGCUUUUAGUUUAAUCGUAACCCGCCAUUUCAUGUGCCAAACGCCUACCGAUAAAGUACGCGCAGUCUACGUAUACUUAUUUUUAGUUUCAACUAACUCAUAUAACAAAUAUUAAGUUCUGCUCUCAUAAUACUCGUAAAAGAAUAAAUAUUUAUUAAUCAGCGUGUCGCGUGUCGCGGAUCCGUACAAUUCUCAAUAUCGUUUGGAACGCGGACGUUGCACUUAUUAAUAAGGAAGGCGUGUGCGAAUGUGUGCGUGUGUGUGUGUGUGUGUGUAUGUGUGUGUAUGUUUCUGUGUGAUACGACAUUGUCAUUAUUCAUACACGCGAGAACAAUUUUGUAAUUGGUCUAUUUUAUAUUGAAUCCUACGCGAUGGAUCAAAUUUACUAUCGCGAUCGUGUAAGAAAAUAAAAAUAUACCAAUUA